UCUCCGUUUUGUCGCGUCAGGCGACCGUUAACGCAUCGUCAAUGUCACGUUGAAAUCACGGAGCUGUUGCGAGAGGCGUCUCCAAAGUUACACAGAAAAAGAGAGAAAGAGAGAGGGAAAAAGGCCCGUUAUGAGAGCACUUUUCCAUGAAAAUUAUGAAGCGCGUUCGCGACAGUAGAACAGCGACGAGACGUCACGAGCCGCUUACGGCGGCUAGAUCCCAUGGGGUAGCCGACGGUGCGUCAUGGCGGUCGUCGCGGGGGCACAGAAUCAUUGUCCAAGGGCGACAAAACCGUUCCUCGGCGGAUGGAGGAACACCGUCACCGGCCUGAUCUAUCACAAUGCCUGCACGCAGACACACGGUCGCAGUGCGACGAGGAGCGAUAGGGUCACACAGACCGUCGCGGUCGCGGACGCGAUUACCGAGGUCGUUCACGACCAGGCGGUGCAGGUGCACUUCCUGCCAGACGCGUGCGACCGGGUCGUCACGCCUGGCGUCCCUUAUCUCAGCGUCGAGGAAAUACAGUCGUUGGUUCCUCGGGACAAUGACGAGAUGUUUCUCGCCAGCAUCGUCAAGAUACAGAGGUGUUACAGAACUCAUCGAGCCAGAGCUCAUCGAUCGGCGGAUAGAGAGACCAGUCUCCAAGCAGUGGAGGUUUGCCGAGAUGACAAAGCGAAAGCAAUGGGAACACGGACGGAACACUCCCAGGCGCUUAGCAGCUGUGCUGAUUUCACGAUACUGAAUCGCAGGUCGCCACGAACGAGCACGGACUUCGAGUCGCUGCGGAAUCUGCUGGACCGUUGGCGGAUUUUCGAGACCGAGCGGGCGAGUCGCACACUUCUCGGUUCAUCGAGGGUCGCUGCCUGCGGUUUGAUCUUGUCCAAGGAAGUCGAACUGCUACGCGCCAUGGAUUCUAUGAGGAGCGCCGUGCGCGUCAAGUGCAGGGAGCGGAAGCGCCGUAGGCUUUUGGAUGAGCUGUCGAAACCGGUUGCCUGGCAGGAUAGCCGUGGCCGACCUAUCUUGGUGGACACUCUGCGCGUUCAACGAGCUCGCCAGCACAGGAACAUGUAUGCCUCGUUGGCCAACGAGAACCUGUCCGUGUCGGAGCGCGUUGAUCUACUGCAUGGUCUGAAGCGCGUUGCCGGCAUGCACACGUGUAGCCAGUCGCUCGAGCUCGUUUACCUGGUCGAUCAGGAGCUAGCGCUACUGACUUGCCGCGUGGACGCGACUAGACUCAACUGGCUGAGGAACAGGCUGAAGUUGAGCUUCCUUAAGUUGGCGCGGAACGCUUUGCAAGGGGACCUCGAGGAGGAUUCACGAUUCGGCUGGUUAGAUGCAAGCAUUACGCGACUCUGCAGGACCUGCGGCAAAUUGCUGCCCUUGGAGAAAUUUCCGCGAGAACGACGGCUGCGGUCGUCCUCCUGCGUUUACUGCACGUCAAUGCGAACGCGACGGGAACCACGCGUGGUGUACGAUCCUUACGAGAGGAUGUUACGAGAAAUCAGGCGCAGCGAGGCCAGAACAGGAUGCUAUGGCAGUCUGGCGUUCGUGGUCGGGGCUAAGGUCGUUUGUCGCCUGGUAAACGAGAUUUGGCACGGCCAGUCCGGUAUUUCCGAAUGCGACGACCUCGACGAGCUGCGGCUGACGCGCUUCCGCCGCGAGCUCGAGUGGGCGCCGUGGAAUUCUUUGUUGCUAACGAAAACCGAAGCCGUCGUUCACCACGAGAUCACCGACAUCGAGAGCUUCUACGACACGAAGCUACUGCGAAAGUUUCACACGAAAAAUCUUCAGGCGAAAAUGUGCUUCGAGUCGAUUUCCGAAGCGCGCAGAAACAUCGUCACGCCGUCUCCGAUGGAAGAUUAAUUAUUCUUUGCAAAGAAGGACCAAGGGAAAGGAUUGAAAUAAUUAAAAAUGAAAAGGGUCCAUUGGACGAUAGAAGUAGAGGCGCGAUUGAGAGAUGCUGAAAGUUCGCGGAUGAAAAGAUAUUGCGGAGAAAAAAAGGGCAAGUCAGACCUGGAAAUCUACCGCGAACAUUAUUCAUCGUUGAAUAGAGGAGAAGUUGCAAGGAGGUCAUUAAAUCGGACCGUUUGUGUCGCGAAUGGCGCAUUUCAUACGACACCUGUCCGGAUACUCCGCGCGCCUAUAAGGUAUCAAGAGUUCGUUGUGAUUCCCGCAAUCUUUACCCGCCGACUAACGCUCUGAGACCGCAGCUGUUUCCGUUUCGAGCAUAGUGUGCGCGUUGUGGCGGUUUCACGAGAGAAAUUCGCGAGUUGAAGGUCCCGUCCUAAGCCAAUUACCAAGUUGCAGAGAAAUGCGCCCACCUCCGGACGCCGUUCGCCCUGGCGGUAAGUUGGACGUCGGGGAAAUACGUUGAGCUCGCGCAUUAUAGUCGCGUUGUCGCCGUUGUUUCUCGCGCUUUCCGUUCCCUUCGGGCGGACGGGUGGCUGGGCGAGCCCUGGUCACGUUGAUAGCGCUAGUUAAUCGCGUUACAGUUUAUGAACUAAGUUUCUAGAGAAAAGCGGCGAAAGAGGCGCGCGACGAGCUUCGGCUCGGCUCGGCUCGGCUUGUCCGCUCGUAUAUUCAAAUGACGGUCACAUGAGAUUUCAGUGUAAUGUUUCUUUCUUCCGCCUUCUGGGAUAAAUAAUUUCAGAAUUUGCUCAAAAUUUUAAUAAUAAUAAUAAUGACACGGAAAUACUCGCAAGUAAUUGUUAUCAAAAGGAAGAAUUUUUUAAAGAAUAAUAUACUACUGUGCCCAAAAAAUAAGACCAAUUUAAAAUUUUUUUU